UGUUCUUCUGUGCUCAUUAAUCUAUUGAAGUCGUCAUGGUCAGGAGUUCCAGCAAUGUAUUUCAGGACUGUCCCUAGGGCAUUCAGGCUUCUCGCCUGUCUGUGGUGAGCGUUUAUCAUUUGUAUCAGUCGACUUAUCUGGUUUAUGUCCGCGUCUAGUAACUUCCUCAUAUGUGACUGAGGAAAGUGGUCUGUGGCAUUAAUUGUCUCGUCUCUCAGUAAUUCGUAAAGUGUCAAGUUGGUAACAUGCUUGAUGUGUCCUGAAUUUUCCCAAAUUACAAGGUCCUCACCGACCACCGGAAUGUACCUUGCAUUGGUAUAGUCGAUUAACCUUCCUGUCGUUACCGAUAUUGAUAUGGCCAAAAUUAUGAAAAUCCUAAAAACAUAUAUGAAAUUUUUUGUUAAUUGUUUAUCAUUAGAAACGCCUAGGUUCUAGAUUAAGUUUAACGAAGGUUGUCCUUAUGGACCCUUCUCCCUUUUAUUAAAACUGUUGUACCCAUGUCUUUUUCCACCUCUUCCUCAGUAUAAAGAGGCGUAAGCUUAUUGCCUAGUCUCCUGUUAUUUUUAACAAGUACUUUUUCUCCAACAGGGAACUCCCUAUCCUGCCUGUUCUUAUUAUGAGUUGUUAGUUCUCUUUCCUGUGCGUUUCUUAAGCGGCAUGGUAUUUGGUUGUCAUCUUUAAUUGAACGAAAUACGGUAAGGGGCUUCAUCCCCGUUACUGUGUGAAUGGACCUGUUAUACUCAAUCGUAGCUAAAAGGACAAUUUCCUCAACAUCAUCAAGAUUUUUGUCAAGUUUAAGGCAUCGUGCUAUUUCCAUUAGUGUGCUAUGAAAUCGCUCCACCUGACCAUUUGAUGUACUAUGUAGUGGUGGAGCAUUCGCAAUGUCGAUAUUGAAGUGAUUCUUUAAUGUAGCUUUGAUGCUGUGUGAAUUCAGCGACUUCUCAUUGUCGCAAUAAACUAUUCGAGUACCGAAAAACAUGUUGAGUAACUGAAGGAGCUGUGGUUUGACAUCUACUAUCGUUCUUGAUUUCAACGACUGUACUAUCGCAAAUUUUGAAAACUUGUCGAUGCACGUCAAGAAGAACUUGGACCCGGUAGAAAAUAUGUCAAUGUGAAGAAUUUCUCCACAAUAUGUUGGUAUGGGCGUUUGAGCAAUAAGCUGCUUCUUUGGGUGCCGAUCAUACUUCGCCCGCGAGCAAGUUCGACAAUUUCCCACAAAUUGUUUUAAUCGCCUUUUUCUCGGUAAGAAAUGAUAUGCCUUGUCUUUUUUCCAAAAAUUAUAAAAGUUUUUCUUUGAGGUUCUGUACCUACCUCCACAAUAAUCUGGUUGCGGAAGCAAUUUACCGGUUUUUCCGAUCUUUCAAUUGUAUGGGUUGAUGAUUCCUCGCUAUGAAUUGUCUCGAUGCUCGUGUUAUCUAAAGCAUUUAUAUGUUGCCUAGAUAGAGCGUCUGCCACCACAUUUUCCUUUCCUGGUUUGUAGAUUAGCUUUGCGUUGCAUUCGUCUAUGAAGGCUUUCCAUCUUUUAAUUUUCGAAUUAGGAUUCCCAUCCGAAACCGCAAAGGUCAGCGGCUGGUGGUCAGUAUAAACAUUAAGUUUUGUUACGCCGUACAGGUAGUUUCUAAGAGCUUUCAAUGCCCAUACAAUAGCUAACAAUUCCCUUUCAUUGGUAGAGUAAUGCUCCUCGCUCCCGGACAGAGUGCGAGAAAUCAUGGUAAUCGGUUUACCCUCCUGAGAGAGGACGGCGCCUAUAGCAUGAGCCGACGCGUCAGUAGUUAGGUCGAAUUGUUUGUUAAAAUCUGGAUACGUCAGGGUUACAUCCUCUGACGCUAAAAUUUCUUUAAUUGUUUCGAAGGUCUUUUUCUGUUCGUCCGUCAAAUCAAUUCUGAUUUUUUUUGAUUGGGACGCAGUAACUCGACCGUAUUCGCCUCUCAUGAUGCUCGACAAUGGUUUUGAUAUUCUAGCGAAAUCCCUUAUAAAACAUCUAUAAUAACCCGCUAGACCUAGGAAUGAUCUGAGUCCCCUUAGAGUGGUGGGCUCAGGGAAACUUCGUAUUGUGUCGACUUUGUCUGGACACGUUUUUAUUCCUCCUUGUGAAACUAAGAACCCCAGGUAUUCGACCUCAGUCCUAAAAAAUUUGGAUUUUUCAACUGACACUCUCAUGUUGACCCUAAAUAAUUCAUUUAAAAUUGAUUCUAUAUCUUUCAGAUGCUGCUGUUUGUCUUCCGAAAAAAUAAUAACAUCGUCUACAUAGACAAAACAGCUUUUCCCAAUAUGCUCUCUUAAUACGUCGUCUAUGGCGCGUUGAAAGAUGCUCGGCGCGUUUUUUAAUCCAAAAGGUAACCGGCAAAAUUCAUACUUGCCAUUCUUGACAGAGAAAGCUGUUUUUUCCCUAUCACGCUCCAAUAGUUUAAUCUGAUGGAAACCAGAUUUUAAGUCCAAAGUGGUGAAGUAUUUACUACCACCCAAAUUGGAAAGAAUUCCUGUUAUGUCGGGAAUUGGGUAUUUAUCACCGAUAGUUUUUUCAUUGAGUUUCCGAAAAUCUAUAACUAAUCUCUGCUUCGCCUGUCCGUUUUCGUCUACCCCCUUUUUCUUUACCACCCAUAUAGGGUUGUUAAAGGGUGAUCUUGAUGGCCGGAUAACUCCAUUUGCUAACAAAUCCUUGAUUUCUUUGUCCACGAAAUCCGCUACACUCAGUGGGUACGGGUAUAAUCUUGAGUUGCGAAUUGUUGCUAUCACCUUUGUAUUGUACGGUAGUGCCUCAUUGGGGUCAGCAAAAACCCUAUUCAUCCUUUUGAUCAUUCUAGAAAAAUCUUCCCUAACGUCUGUUGGUACUAGAUUUGUUUGAAGCCUAAGAUGGCUUACGUCAUGACUGGAAAUGAAGAAGAUUUCCUCCUCACCAAAAUCAUGAUUUAUUGUAUUCGAUUUAAGGUCAAUGUUCGCAUGGACCCUGUUUAGUAUGUCGAGCCCAAUCACGCCAUCAAAUGAUGUUAAGUCCGGUAAGAUGAAAAAUUCUGCCACUACGCCAAAUAUUUUCAUGUAGCAUUUUUCCAUGAUAGAAGUAACCCCGUGAAUAGAUUUUACAGAGAAUGUGUCCCUGAAAUGUUGUGUCCUUAAAGCCGGUGUUGGUUUCAUAUAACUCCUCGACGCACCAGUAUCGAUAAGGAGUUUCACUUCUUUCCCUCCUAGGAACUUUGAAAUCCAGGGUAGGAGGGACCUUCCCCUAAAAAAUUAAGUUGAUCUAAACUUACGUCAUCCGCCGCUUGUUCGGCUUCUGCACCGUACAAUGAUUCACUCUGUAGCUCAACUUCCUCCUCCAGAUGAUUAACACGUUGGAUCUGUGGUCCUGUGUAACGUCCAGAAUUUGCUGGACGUUUUUGUUGAUAGCCCUGUUGCAUUCUAUUACUGUUUCCUUGAUAGGCACCUCGGUCUCUGUCAAACGAUUGGUGUUUAAAUUUCGAUAAGGAUGGAUCAACGUCCAUUGGUUCCGCUCUGACUAGUCUGUCGUUGUCACGUCCGUUAUUUACCCUUUGAUUUUCCGUAAAAUGAGGUGCAUGUCCGGGUUUGUACUGCCUAUUACUAUAGUAGUGUGGGCUCUUAUGAGCUGAGGGUGGAUCAUAAGUGUUUGUCCUAAGGUUGUUCUGGCUUGAAAUUAUAUUAUUAUUUUUUUUAAUGUGGUUGCCCUCGACGUUCCUGGCAGCAAAAUUGGCCGCGAACGCAUACCGCUCAUGGUUUGAGUCUACCUCCUGUGCUAAAGCAAGAGCAGACGGAAGGUCAGACGGCCGUGAGGCGAAAAGAAUGUCGCAUAAGGGCUUCCUUAAGCCGGAAAUGAAAACUCUUAGGGCAUCUGCCCUAUAUUUCUCGUUUAUAAUUUCUGCCACGCUACUCUCGUAAGACAUUAUAGUCUUAUUAGCUAGUAACGUUAGCUUCUUUUCUACCUCAUCGUAGAAUUCCAGACAGGACCUAGAACCCUGUCUUAAGGUAGAUAAUUCCUGCUCUUAUUAUUUUGUUCCUCAAAAUGAUAACUGCUUGGUAGUGUCGUUCACUGCCAUCGUACCUUUUGAACAGUUCAUAAGCGUUAUGCGCCGCCUCGCGCCAUGACACAUAUGUGCCUAUGUGACCAUGAAAUUCUGGAAGUGAUUUGAUAGCAUCAAGCGUUAUGUCACAUGUCACUAGUGGAUUUACAGAUACCUUUAGAUAUUUUUCUACCUUUGGCCUGCUGCCUGUCACCUGGUUUUGGAUUGCUCCUAACUUCCUAUCGAACUCCAACCUUUGUGCUGCCAAAGCACUUCUAACUUCCGCCUUAAUUAACUCGGUUAUUUGUUCCGUGUUCAUAUUUGCUUUCUGACUUCCUAACUUUAAAUUUCUAAAAAGGUCUUCCAGACCUUCACUCAUUAAUUUUUGUUCUGUCACUUUCCUUUAUUUUAUUCACAAUUAUUGCUAUAUUUAUUCCAGGAAACGAGCAUCUCACUUACCCUUCCAUUGGAUUUGAAUAGAUUAAAAUUAGGUUCAGGUUCUUCCGGUUAAUUGAUCGGGCCAAAGGUUGUCUCUUCUUUAAGUCCACGCUGAGUCCAAGUAGUUGAUUGUUGUCGAUUUUAAGUGAGCCAACUGUCGUAGUUACACGAGUCGAGUUAAGAACUUUAUAUUUUUCUAUUAAACUUUUCACUCGCGAGCCCCACGUUGGGCGCCAAUUAUUCAAAUGUAUUAUUCAAUUUGAAGUUAUUUUAUUUGCCGUCAUCACGGCUUAGUUGUCAAGUAUAAAGUGCCAUUUAAAUUAUUCCUAACUUAGCUCAAGCCACCAACCCGCAUCGCGUUGUAGCUCCUCUGCUGACGUUUUGCUGACCUUGCGCCUCGUGCAUGGUGUUUGUUUACUUAGAUGUCUGGCCAAUGUUCUCACGCAAAAUGUGCUGACUUAGCGACAUGUGCAGAGUGGUAGGCUCUUAUUACGACGGGAAUUAGGGUGUGUCGUUUCUUCGCGAUAACUUAUACAUCCUCCCAGUUACAUGUUGCCCUACAGGAUAUCAGUUUGGUACUAGGCGACUUUAACGCGCAAAUGAUCGUAGGAGGAUGGAGCUGGCAGAACAGAUUGACGAUUCGACGUUCUGCACAAUGUAUGACGAAGCCGCCACCAGAGUUAUGGGCACCAGCAAUAGCUCGCCAGAUAUUACCAUUGCUGGCGGUGGUCUGAUAAACAGCAUAACCUGGCGACCUAUGCUAACUCUCGCAUCAAACUAUCUGCCCAUAAUUAUCUCGAUCGAAAAGCCUCCCGAUUUUGUUUCUGUGGACAUCCGCACCUUCAUUAACUUUAACAAAGCUAAUUGGGUCGGCUUCACAGAAUUCACUGAGAGCACCUUCAACGCUCUACCUAUUCCUACGGACGUUGUCGUUGGCAAACGUCGCUUCGGCAAGGUGAUCGCAGCAGCUACCGCUCGCUUCAUACCGGCUGGAAGAAUAGCGGAAAUCCGCCCCAAUUUCCCAGCCGAAGUAGCCGUUUUAGCUAACGAGCGCGAUACCUUAAGCCAUGCCGAUCCCGCGGAUCCCCGAAUAAGGGAUCUUAAUUUGGAGAUUCGGCGUUUGGUAAACUACCAUAAGCGGCCGAAAUGGAUAGAUCACCUGAAGUCGUCCUGCAACCUCUCCAUCGGUGUGAGUAAGCUUUGGGCUACUGUCAAAGCUUUGUCUAACCCGAAGAGACAUGACGACCGAGUUGAAGUUCAAUUCAAUCAGAUAGCUCGUGGCCUCAACCAGAAACCACCCUGCGAAAGAACGAUACUCGUGUCGUUGGACCUGUCAAAAGCUUUUGACACGGUCAACCACUCAACGCUAUUGGAGGACAUUGAAAAAACUACGCUCCCUCCAGGGCUAAAGUGGUGGACCAUGAACUAUCUGAACGGUCGACAGUCAUCCGUACUAUUUCGAGGUGUAAAAUCUAAACUGAGAAGAAUUAAACAGGGGGUUCCGCAGGGUGGUGUCCUCUCCCCGCUACUGUUUAACUUCUAUAUCUCGAAACUCCCGCAACCACCAGAGGGGGUUUCCAUUCCAUCGUACGCUGAUGACUCCACGAUAUUGAUAUCGGGCAAUGGAAUCGAUGGCAUGUGUUCGAAGGUAAACAACUUCCUCGCCGACCUUCCUCGUUUCCUCACUGCACGGAACCUCACACUUUCCCCCACCAAAUCCACAGCGACCAUAUUUACGAAAUGGACGAAGGAGUAUAGACUUGAACUUAAGAUUGCAGUCGAUGGCGUCAAAAUUCCGACUGUCAAUAACCCUCAGAUUUUAGGCGUAACCUUCGAUAGUCUAUGCUCCUUCUCUCCCCAUACGACCGCGAUUAUCGCCAAGGUACAGAGCCGCAACAAAAUCCUGAAGUCGCUAGUUGUUGGCAACUUACAAGGCAAUCUGCCGGCCGGUCCUCAACUACGUCGCACCAAUAUGGUCGCCUGAAUGCAGUGGAACGCAGAUGAAGAAGCUACAUACUUGUCAGAAAUCACCCCUGCUGCCACCUGCUUGGAGCGGAACCGCCUCCUAGGAACAUCAAGAGGUCUUUCCUUAAUUACGUUGACGACAUCGAACAAUACGCCGACCGGAUUUCGGACGCAACUACCGCCAAACACUGACCGCCAUUCAUAGCGGAGCUAUCAACGCCUUCCCUGACUCCCUUCCAGUGACUGGCGUUCUUGGAGUCAAAUCACCGCCAAUUGCAGACGAAGAGCUCGAGUUGCCGCGAGAAACGAGAAUGACCCUUGCGCAGCUUCGUUCUGGAUAUUGUAGCAGAUUGAACUUCGUCCAGAAUAGACCCCGACAUAUCUAACAUAUGUCCUGCGUACAAUGAGUCUCCACAUGACACUGCCUACCGCUUUGCUUGCCACGCCCGCCAACCCCACUCAUCUGACACCCUUUUCCCUUUGGUCCGACGCCGUCGAAACAGCAUGUUUCUUGCGCCUCUCGUUAGAUGACGUCGACGACAACUUGGAUAAUCCUUACCAUCCUAACGGGGAUUGAAUAACCGUUAAAACAACAACACCAACAAAAAUUAAAAUCAUUAUACAUAUCUAGAAUAUGGGUAUUGUAGGUGGCGAUUUUAUAUACUUUUAUUAUUAUUAAAACGACACAUAAUAAUAAUAUGUUUAGAGAUUCAAUUAUGUAACUCACCUACUACUCCCAAUCAUAAGGAGUAAAGUCACACGGAAGUUAUAUGUUUAUUAAAUGGGCACUACAGGAAGUUUUCGCUCAAUUUUAUCCAUUUUGGGCACAAAGAUACAUUGUUAUGAGUAAAACACACUGUUUCAUUUUCAUUGAUAUAGCUCACAUGUUGACCAAUAUGUACAGUACAAGGUCACCUGGAAGUUGGAUAAACGUUGUGUUAGGUAUAUGGGAGCUACGGGAUAUAGUGAUAUUUUUGACACAUAGACAUACCAUGGUCAGGAAAGGAUUAUUCCAGAAUAUAUUUGCGGUAAGAAGUAAAGUAUAGGUACUUAAAUUCAAAGGUGGUUGUUUGAUUCCGUCCAUUUUCGCACUGUUACCGUGUUAAGAUCAUUAUAUAUGAGCUAUACAAGUAAGGGUUCGAGUGCAACCGAAAAUUUUAUACUUUUAAAGAUUGUAAGAAUCAAAGCCAGGGAAAUACUUUAAGCUGUAAAUCAUCAACCAGAGGAUCGGAAUCCAAGCAAUUAUAUAUUAUAUAUAUUUAACUCCUACCCUGACCGACAUAUUCGACAUAAGAACUCUGCCGCUACAACAACAACAACAUAAGGUGUCUUCGGGUAUUUGGAGAGUGGUUAGCGGCGGGUUGAAGACCUUGGUGGGGUAGCUAAAUCCCGUCGAGCCUAGAUGUUUUAGUAUAAGCAACCAUCAGGUCAUUGACUCCAUUAGGGCCAAUGGAUUCGGCGAUUUCGCUUUGUUGAUGACAUUCUGAGCCUCCUCAUCGGUGAAAGUUAGUGGUGCGCAGUCUUUUGGCAUUUUGCGUAGCCGUCGGUUAACACAUCGUUUAGCUUUGUCUGCCGAAGGGUGCAGUGUAAACUGCCGGCUAAAAUAGUUCGCGCUCUUUUUCGGGUCCGAAAAUGCAUGACCAUUGAACUGAACUUAAACUCGGUCAUCAUGUCUCUUCGUAUUAGACAAAACCUUGGCAGUAGACCAAAACUUACUCUCACCGGUGGAGAGGUUGCAGGAAUUAAGGUCUAUCUAUUUUGUCCGCUUAUGUUGAUUUAUCAAUCACCGAAUCUCCAAAUUGAGAUCACUUAUUCGGGGAUCCCCAGGAUCGGCAUGGCGUAAGGUUUCGCGCUUAUGUGCUUAAACAACUACUUCGGCUAGGAAUAUAGGACAGAGUUCCGCAAUCUUACAGCCGGGCUGGAACGAGCGGUAGUUGCUACGAUCACCUUGCGGAAUUGACGUUCGCCAUCGAAUACUUUGGUAGGAAUGGGUAAAGCGUUGAAUGUGUUCUCAGCAAAUUCUGUGAAGCUGACCUAAUUAGCUUUGUUAAAGUUAACGAAAGUACGGCUGUCCACAGAAACAAAAUCGGGAGGUUUCUCGAUAGAGAUAAUUAUGGGCAGGUGGUCUGAUGCGAGAGUUAGCAUAGGUCGCCAGGUUACACUAUUUACCCGACCACCACUAGCAAUGGUAAUAACGGUCGAGAGCUAUUACAGGUGCCCGUAAUUCUGGUGGGAAACCUUGGUCGAUGUGCAGAAUUUUUUGACAGGCAGGAUGUCGUUUGACGGUGGCAACAUGGGGCCACAUAACUUGUGGUCCACUCCCUGUGUGUCUUAAAGCCUGAGCAGGUCUUAAGAUGGCUACAUCCAUUGUAUGUAUUACACCUGACCGAGGUAAAGUUUUGAAUGGAUCCUUUUAGCGCGAACGCAGCAGAAAAAUUCCUCCGGGCCACGGUUGGACUCAAUACUAGCACGAGUCAAGAGGAUACGGAGCAACCCUGCUGCAAGGUGUUGCUCAAGCGACGACAAAUUUAAAUUAAUAUUCACCGAUUUAAACGGGGUUAGAUCACCGAAAUAACAGCCCUUGGCCGGAUAAAACCUCGCCCAAUUCCGGGGUGGGAGGAAGUGAUUGACCUCACGCUAUCAACAGACACAGGCAGUCUCGUUGUUGAUAGCUCGAGGGUAUGCGAUGAGCCUUCCAUGUCGGAUCACUCCUGGAUACUCUUCAGCAUCCGCGAGAAGUACAGUGCGCCUCUCAAAUACCGGAACCCUAGAAGAACGGCAUGAGGAAAAUUUACCAGUAUAGCAACAAAAUGCCUUGAAAAGGGAGGCAAUAAGAGUAUCAGAAAUCCUGAGGAACUAGAUUCAGAAGUAGAGAAGUUGGAAAAAAUCUUAACCACAACUUUCAAUAAAUCAGCAUCGCUAACAGUUUUGAAAAAGAGAAAGUCUCUUCCUUGGUGGAACAGUGAGCUCAAGAAUUUGAGGACACAACUAAGGAAAGCUUUCAAUGAGAGUUCUAGAACCAAAAUAUGGCAGCCAUAUAAAGAUAUUAUGAAAAGAUACAAAAAAGCAGUCAGGAAAGCUAAAAAAACUCAUGGCGAUCUUUCUGCACAUCGAGAGAAAGUUGCAGAGAAACCGCAAGGCUGAGUAAAAUGCUAUCCAAAGACAAUGUAAUACUGCCUAUAUUAGGACGGAGGGAAAUGAUUGAACCUCCUCGGCAAAAAAGUCUCUGGAGGUACUUAUUACAACGCACUUCCCCGGGAGUCAGCAAACACCUUUAACGAGGGUUCAACCAGAACCACCGCCGAACGUAGCUGACUAUUGAAGCCAAAUAAAUAGUAGACAAACGAAAAAUCAAAUAUGCCAUAAAAAGUUUUGCACCAUUUAAAUCGGCAGGUCCUGACGGGAUUAUGCCCAUAAUGCUGCAAAAACUGGUAGAACCAAUGGUGCAAAGGCUUGAAAAUAUAUACAAAGGUAGCAUUCAACUAUCUUACAUCCCAAGAAGGUGAAAAAAAAGUAAAGUUGUGUUCCUUCCAAAACCAGGCAGAAGAACACACAAGGAUGCCAAGGAUAUUAGACCUAUAAGCCUUGCCUGCAUUAUGCUGAAAGUACUGGAAAGGCUAAUAGAUCUACAUGUAAGAACAAUAAUGGCGGAGAAGUUAUCGAAGUCCCAACAUGCGUACAUAAAGGGCAGAUCAACCGAAACUGCCCUUCACGAGGUGAUAAGUAUAAUUGAAAAAUCACUGCACCACAAAGAAUACACCAUGGCUGCUUUUUUAGACAUAGAGGGCGCCUCCAAUAACAUAGAAGUAAAUGCGAUAAUUAAUUCUCUGGCGCAUGGUGGCAUAGAUGACACUGUGUGCAGAUGGAUACUACCGAUGUUUGAGAAUAGGAAGAUUAUAGCUUCAAACGGCGCUGCAACACAAACAAGUUAUGUGAGUAGAGGGACGCCUCAAUGGGGGGUCCUCUCUCUGCUUCUAUGGGUUGUAGCGCUGAACGAAAUACUCCUUUAACUAAACGGUAGAGGAGUGAAAGCAGUAGCGUAUGCAGACGAUAUAGUGUUGUUGGUAUUAGGCAUGUAUCCUUCAACAGUCAGCGAGAUUAUGGAAAGAGCUCUACGAAGGUUAAACCUAUGGGCUAAGAACAAUGAACUAAGAGUUAACCCUAACAAAACAGAAUUAAUGCUAUUCACAAGCAGAACCAAAAACCUCAGUUUCAAUUUCCGGUACUAAACGGUACAACACUCACUCUAUCCCCCACAGCUAAAUACUUAGCGUAGAGAUUGACACCAAACUGUCCUGGAAAAUAAAUAUAAAAAAAAAGAAUAAAUAAAGCAUACAUGGCCUACUAUACUUGCUAGAGAAUCGUCAGCAAGAAUUGGGGUCUCAAACCUAGUAUAAUCAUGUGGAUGUAUACGGCUGUCAUAAGACCUAUACUUACAUAUGGAGCUCUGGUAUGGUGGCCAGCGCUAAAAAAACAUUGCAACAUUAAAAAAUUAAUUGGUAUACAAAGAGCAGCUUGUGCAGGUAUUACUGGUGCAAUGAGGUCAUGUCCGCCUGAUGCGCUCAAUGUGAUCCUGCAUCAACUACCAAUGGACAUUUUUAUUCAUAAAACAGCAGCUAUUGCGGCGAUAAGAAUAAAAGAAUUGGGAGGUUGGAAUCAGCAGAACUACGGACAUAGUGUUAUCCUCCCAACAUUCUCCCAAACCUGGACUUCAAUAGACAUUUCCAGGUGAGGAUACCAUAUAGACGAGAAUGGAGAAGAGUUUCAAUAGUAGAGGAGGAUACCACCUCAGUCUAUACCGACGGGUCCAAAAUGGGCUGCGGAGUAGGCCCGAGGGUAUUCUCCGCUGAUCUAGGCAUAUCUCCCUCUAUACGUCUACCGAACCCGGCUAGCAUCUUCCAAGCAGAAGUACUAGGCAUAGAAAAAGCCUGCGAAGCUCUAUUAGGAAAUCCCGGGAAUAUAAAUAAAGCAACUAUAUUUACGGAUAGCCAGGCGGCGCUCCUGGCCUUGUCUUCACCCACAACAAAUUCCAGCGUAGUUCAGAACUGCAAGAGAGCACUAAGCUCAAUCAAAGACAAGCUCCAACUAAACUUGAUCUGGGUUCCCGGCCACAGGAGCAUUUUCGGUAACGAAAAAGCAGACGAGUUGGCAAAGGCAGGAGCUUUCCUCAACGAAUCCGAGGCGGAGCUAAUACCAACCCCGCUAAGAUCGCUCAAAGGAGAGAUCAUUAGGCAAUUUCAACAAGUUGCAAAUAACAGGUGGAAAAACAUUACAAAAUGCGUCAUAACUAAACAAUUAUGGCCAACAUAUGACAGGAAAAGAACCAACGACUUAUUAAAUAGGUCAAGAAAAAGUAUUUACAGAGUAACAGGUACCUCAACAGGACACUGGCCAGUUGGGGAACAUGCAUCCAAAAUGAGUUUGCCGUACAACGACAUCUGCCGUGCCUGCGGAGUAGCAGGGAACAAGGAAACAAUCUUCCAGUUUCUCUGCGAAUGCCCAGCUCUAGCACAUAUCCGAUAUUAAACACUUGGAAUCCAUCAAGCGCUAAAACUUGAAUGGAUUUUCACUAAAAGCAUAUCGGACAUAAGUAGUUUCUUCGAAACCUUAAAAUGGUUUGAGAGAGAAAGUGAAACGUAAUAGCAGAUACAGAAGGUUCUACGAACAGUGUAUUAAAAUGGCACAUCAAGUGCUAAUUGAGCCCGAUAGGGCUGCACUCCUACCUACCUACCUACCGAUGCGUAGAACCCGGUGUUGUGUGAAUAUAAUGAUUUUUGAACUUCCAAAUGACUUUAUACCGCUUAUAUCGGCUAAGAUGUGAGUUAUCCCUGGCUUUAAACCUUGCAACUUCUAAGAGUUUGAAAUGUGUGAUCCGUGGUCCGGAGUUUCGGGUUUAAAAUGGGUAUGGAUAAAGAAUAUUAGAUAUUACUUUUUCAAAUUAAGAAAGUAUAGAAUGUGGUGAACACGGACGAUAGGACAAAAUCGAAUCGACGGUAAAUUAUCAGGAAGAACUAGAUAGUUUAAUUCAUAGUUGGAGAAUGUACGAGUAGCAAAGUUUUGUUACGGGGUUAGGAGGGUUUCAGAGAUACAAAAAAAGGUAUAUUUACGUUUUUUUUAAUGUAAACAAUCAUAUUGUAUAUGUAUUUCAAAAAUAUAAUAUGAUAUAUCAAAGUUACAUAUUUGAACAAUGUCUCCUGAAAUUUUUAUAUAGAAAUGUUGAAAAUUCAGCCGUUGAGCCCUCAUCUCCCUGGGUGACAGCAUAACUUAUUAUUGGUUCAUCUAAUAUUAAAAAAUCAAAUAUAUUCCAUUAGGACGUAUUGUAUAUAAAUCUCGUUUCGAACAAAUUUGUUUUUCAGACUUCAAAUAAAAAAUCGCAUUUUUUGGUAAAAUUUUCGCGAUUUAUUGGCUUAAACAAAUAAGUUCUAAUGAAAAUAACUAUAUAAUGUUAUUUUACACAAUUCGAUCUAAAUCGGUCAAUAACUUUUCGAGAAAGCGUGUCCAGCGACUUCAAAAAUGUAUUACGAAAAACGCACUAUACCUGCUACACCGACUUGGCCUAAAGGGCGGAACUUCCGAAGGUUGUAUCUCUUAGAAUUUUACUCGGAUCGAUUUAAAAAUUUUUGAGAAUAUUUUUAAGAUUAAAAAACAAAAUUCGAUUUUUUUAAUUUUCUUAAAGAUCUAUACAACAGCUGCCGAAUAGUGCAGCAGACACCCUUCUAGUUUCGAGUGUUGCCGUGUAAUAAAUAGUUAAAGUUGAAGUAAGAAGCUGAAAGCUAAGAUAAAGCGUUAAGUUGUUGGAAUUAGAAAUUAAAACAAGUGUAUAUUCAUUAAAUUGGAAAUUUAAUUUAACAAUCCAGUGAUCGCCUGAAGAUUGAUUUAGAAGGUAACUGAAUUAUCGAGAAAAACAUUACAAUUCGUAUCGGAAACGGGAUUGUCAAAUAGAUUUCCAAGGAAAUAAUUAUUCGCAAAAGGAGGUGGUGGUUGGCUACUAAUGAAAUAAAUGCUGAAUUCCAAUCACGGUUGCGACAGGCCAUGGAAGCUAAAAGCAUUGGUGUCGACGAACAUGUUUUUAUUUUGGAGUUAAAAGAAAAGGCACCGAAUAAGACCUGGUAUUCAUCAGAGAUUGCGGACAUGGGUAUAUUGUGGCUGAGGUUGGAGCUUUUGGUGAGCGUUUAGCAGGACCGAUAUCUCCAGGAAAUAUCACUCGCAUUCUGACUAGAAACCAAGUUAAACGGCCGCUCAAAUGAAACCAAUCGAACCCGAUGGCUGCGCAAAAUGCUAAAAAACUGCGUACCACUUUCGUCGAUGACGAUGUUCGAAGUGUCAUUAGCCCUUUCGCGCCUACUGGGGCAAUAUAACCCACCUGCAUUCGAAAUGCUAUAUCUUUUUUUAUGAAUGAAAAGAAGCUAAAAUGUCACAAUACAAGACUUUAAUCACUACCCAUUACAGACGAAGAGGUCGAGUUGCGGCGAGAAACGCGACUGACCCUUGCGCAGCUUCGUUCUGGAUAUUGUAGCAGAUUAAAAUUCUACUUGUCCAUAAUAGACACCGACAUCGCCAACAUAUGUCCUGCGUGCAAUGAGUCUCCGCAUGACACUAGCCACCUCUUUGCGUGCCCCGCCAACCCCACCAUCUGACACCUUUUACCUUUGGUCCGACCCCCUCGAAACAGCACGUUUCCUGGGCCUCCCGCUAGGUAGCGUCGACACCAACUUGGAUAGUCCUUACCAUCCUAACGGUGAUUAGAUAGCCGUUAGAACAACAAACUGGACGAAGGAGUACAGACGUAGAUGAAUCUAGGGGCCUUGAGCCUGCGUCUACAAAUUGCUGGGAAAUGUAGAAUCAGGUGAUCUGCAGUUUCCGGUUCCAUGUCACAAACCGGCAGCUUGCACAAGAAGUCAUAUCAUAGGCUAAGGUCGCUUUUAGUGCCGCUUGAUUAUCACUAAGUAUAACGAUAUGCACACUGUCUAAUAGGAAAGACUUUUGCUUGAAAGAUGCUGUUUUCAAGCCGUCAGUGUAUCACUGGAUGAUGCUGCCCUUCAGUAGUAGAUCGAGUGUGGAAUCACUUCAAAUUUUGGGAAGUUUACCAACUUUGUAACGCCGUCUCAUAGAGAAAGGUCUUACCCUAAGUUCUCUAUUUGUUGAUACGACGUUAUCUUUCUUUUACCAUUCUUCUCCGCUGCCAAGAGCAGCAUAGUAUGGAAGGGUAAAAUUCGAACGUUCCUUGUCCUUCACAUGCACCACUACUAAAUAUCUCACGUGUGGUGCGCAGACCGGAACAAGUAGGCAAGUGACACCAGCCAGUACAAGAAUUGCGCUAGACUGAUGUGACGUACUGCGAGGAACCAAGAGUUAAGAGCUAUGCUUUUUUGAGGUUAUAUUGAUCGUAGAGGUCCUUUGUUGGUCACUCGGGAGAAGAAACGAAGCAGCAGAAACAUUCCUCUGGGUUGGAGUUGAACUCGCUGCCAACACGGAUCAGGAGGAUGCGGAGCAACCCUGCUGCUAAGAGUUGCUCCAGUGAUGACAAACCUAAAACUCACCGAUAUUUUGCGAAACGUUCUGCUCCCUUAUUAUGGUAUUAUCAAACGGAUGACGACGUCAAACACAUCGACGUUGGUAUGUGAGUGAUUCGGGGACACAUAUAACCUGUAUGCAAAAUCCUUGUCAAUUCUCCAAUAUCAACCCGAUUGAAAACUUGUGGAGUGACCUUAGGAGCUUUGCAGCCUUUCCAUUCCAAAAUGAGAAGUAAUUGUGGUAGAGCUUUGAGAUGAUACGCCAUUGGAAACGCUCCUAUCCAUGGCGAAUGGAACCAAUUCCAACGUAUGAAAAACCACGGUUACUAAAAAUCCACCGACAUAAUAAGGAUAACUUGAACUAUUGGUUUUUAUUUAGAAACAAAUAUUUUGCAGCCAUUAUUUUGACUUAUGCUAUUUCUUGUUUGGAAAAAAUUCGGUUUUAAUAUUUGGAAUGAUAGAUUUCGGCAAUAUUUAGGUUUAAUAAGGUAAAGCAAAGAUAUAAUUAAAACAAAGUGGCUAAGCAAAAACUUCUCACAUCUGCUAGUUUCUCCAUAGGUGGAUGUUGAGAAGUAUGUAUACAUUAAGAACAUAAUUUUUGUACAAUUUAUCUAGCAAAUACAAAAAAAUCGUUACAAAGAGUUUCCAUAAAAUUUGGGGUUAAUGUGGGUAUGGGCGGUUCUCGAUAUUAAAAAAUGUAUGCCCAAGCAUAUUUAUAAAGUCUAAUAUUCUGCUGGGUGCUAGCGAAGCGAAUCCAAGGGCCUUUAACCUGCGUCUGCAGACUCUUGUGCAGUCAAUUAGUAGGUGUUCUGGUGUUUAAGGCUCACUGCUUCUUCAGGUUGCUGUGGCAAGUGUAAAAUGCGACCAGUAGUCUUAGUUAUGGUGUGGGUAGCCACUCCAGUGAAGGCUGUAGGUCCUAUCAUGUUGGUGGAUGCUGCGGAGCGGGCGAGCUCAUCAACCGUUCGUUAGCGGCUAGACCUUUGUGACCAGGCACCCAGGUCAGGUACACCUGGUUACGUUCCGCCAGGUUAUUCAGCCGUCCUCUACACUCCGGUACAAGUAUUUUAUUUUAUUGGGUGAGACUACUUUAAGUGCCGCUUGACUUAAACUUCGUGGUGAAGUUAACGCUUUUAGUUAUGCUAUCCGUUGGAAGAAAGGCCAAUGGUAUAGUACAACUUAACUCUUUAAUUAUCGCUUACACCAUCAUAGUGUACAAACACCUAGUGAUCUAUGGCCUGCGGCCCCAGAAUUUUCCAGAGUGGAAUUCAGCGUGGGACCAAGAUAUUAGACCAUGGUGGUCAUCUCUACCUCUGCUCCCAAGUAUUAGGUUCCUGAGGCCGGCCAGUGACCUACCUCUCGUGAAUGGGACGAUGGUCGUCUACCACUACACCACCCUUUUGCAAGGUUUAAACCUCUUUGUCACAGAGAGUGUCCUUAAAUCUACCUCUGGCUAUAAUAAUGUGAUCCGCGUAAUUUUGACAGUGGAUCCCAUUGUCAGUUAGCAAUACUAGUAGGUCGACCACGAAAAGACUUUGUAACACGGGGAUAGCAGUCCUGGACCCGUAACACUUUGCUUGACCUCUACUCUCAGCGGGAACCUAAAGAUUAUAUGAUCCGACAAUGAGGGCUCCGCUGACACCCUCCAUUGUGAGAAAAUUUCUUCACAGGCUCGUUACUCAAAAUAAUGUCGAGCACCUUUCUCUUACAUAGCGUGACAAAACUGUGUUCACAACCCAAAUUUUUUAUAGCUAAGUUACUAUUAAUUAUGUAUUCUAAAAGGGACUCAACUAGUGUGUCGCAGUCUGUACUGGCCAAUUCCCUUUGAAGGGCGUUCGCAUAACGCCUGCAGUAGCUCACCAAUCGACCCACAGCCUCUCGGGCGGCUGUGGAUGCAUCUAGGAAAAUAAGCUGAGGCCAGGACGAAGUCUGCUCCUUCACUGUUCUUGGCAUGUACAGCAACUAGGUCCUAGGUGAAGAAGUCAAUGUUCAUGACUACUAAACUAGUUCUAGGUCUCUCGCUAGAGAGAUCCCAGAUUACCUUAUUGGCAUCCGGUUUGAGGCCUCUAACCUCAACUUUAUGGACCCAGACCUCGCAACCUGCUCGUUUGAAAUAGACCACAUGGAAGGGCGCUGGGUAUGGAGUACCCCUGAAUACUCCUUCCAAUAGAAAUCCUGGAGCGCGAUGAGCUCCUCCAACUGUAACAUCUUCGCCGGGUAUUUAAGAGUCAGUACAGCCAUUUGGAUGCCUUUUAGAGCAUCUGCAUAUUUGCGGCGUCUCUCCUCUACCCGAGGGAGUAUCGGUGUGGACGAUUGGCCUACGGCUGCCUUCGUGCUGUUGGCCUUCAGCUUUUUAGAACUAGGGGCUUCUGUGGCGUGAUUUGCCGCUCUUCCGCUUCGCGUUUUGUCACCGGGUAGUCGAAGGCGCUGCCUUUUCGCUACCUCGCCUGGCGGUCGGAGUUACGUUAACGGGGCAGCUACCGGACGCUGUAUUGGUAAAGGGGGUACGGUAAGCUGUUAGUUCUACGUUUUUAUAGGGGAACUUAAAGAUCUGCCACGCCAGAGCUUUAUGAGCACCAGCCGGCCGGGUGUUGGGAAUGCUCCGUUCGAGUACAGCAGAAUUAACCUCCAGGCUGCAAAUCAUUCAAUGGGCACGGGAGUCGCAUAGUACCCUAGAUUAAGCGGCUGCCCCACGACAAGGUGCCUAUCAUUCGCAGAGGCAAUAUAGUAUGUUUAUAUUUUUUGCUUUGCCGUCAUAACUUUUUACAUACAUAGAUGCAAUAAAAGAAUAUUUUGUUUUUUUUUUUUACAAAAGAAAGAUCGCAUAUUCUAUAUUAAGAAACAAUUCAAUUUAAUUUUUCUUCUUUUAUGUAAAAUUUAUAAAUUAUAACAGAAGAGCAAAAGGUAAAAAAAUCGUGCGACAUAACUAAUUGGACUACCACUUUGAUUGUCGAAAUAACCACUUCCAAUGAAUUAAAUUACCGUUUUUCUUGGCAGAAAAAGAAUUUUGCAGGUACUUAGAAUUUUUAAUCGUAGGUCAGACUUCGAAUUAUUUGCUGUAAUGAGAAGGGGUGUGUUGUGAAAUAUAUAAAUAUUUGCCGAAUAAAGUUACUAAAAAUCGUUUUAGAUAAAAAUUCAUUACAUUCAACUGAAUUUAAAUUACUAAUUGUAAGCGAAUUCACAAAAGGUGUGCGGCAAAAGGUGCUUUGCAAUAAAUCUCUGGAGAAAUCAACUAUUUCUGCUAUUUUACGCAAGAACAAAGCUGAACCGUUAAAAAACUUAGACUCCUAGAGUCAUUUCGUUGAAGAAUGACUUGAGAAUAGUGUGCGAAUUUAGAAAAUAUAUCAGCAAAAAACGUUGUUGAUAGCAUACAACCCGGUGUGAGUACGCGCACAGGAGAACGACGCGCCGUUGAUGCUUGUCUAUUUAGCUUCCGUGCUGCGAAAAAAAUCGUAUAUUAAAAAAAAAUAGACUAACAGGUUUGGAAAUUCUGAAACUGCAUAUCAAUUGGUCUGUAGAACAAUUGAAGUCAGUAUUGUUUUCAGAUCAGUCCAAACAGGAAAACGUUUAGACCGUCGACAGUACAGGUACAGUAAAGCAUGGUGGGAGUAAUAUAAUGGCGUGGGGAUGCUUUCCUGGUCAGGUAGUAGGACCUAAUUACAAAAUAGAAGGGAACAUUGAUAGGUUCCAAUAUAAAACUAUACUCAAAUGAUACCCCACGCUAUACAAAAAAUGCAGCAGUUUCAACACGACAAAGACCCCAUCCACACGUUGAAGUUGUGAAGGAUAGGCUUUUAGAAACACAAGUUUAUGUUAUGAGAUGUCCCGCCCAGUCCCCUGACAUAAACCCGAUUGAAAACUUAUGACAAAUUGUCAACAGGCAGAUUAGCAGGGAACAGGUCCAAGGUAAUAAAAACAAGCAGACUGAUACCUUGAAACGAGCCUGGAAUGGAGUAAAUGACACACAAAUUAGUAAUUUAAUUCAUUUAUUCCUAUAAGAUGUACUGAAAUCAUUAAAAAUAGUCGCUACCCAAUAAAAUAUUAAUUUAAAACGUAAUUUAUUUUCAUAUUCAUAUGUCGUACUAUUUUCUUACUUUUUUCCCUUCUGUUAUAAUUUAUGAAUUUUACAUAAAGGUUGUAAAAUUAAAUUGAAUUGUUUCUUUUGUAAAAAAAUAAUGAAGUGAAAUAAUGAGUUUUGUCCAACGCUGUACAUAUCUAUAAAUUGUUUGCAGUCAUUUACGCACAAAAAAUAUACGAAUUCGUUAGCUUCCAUUGCUUAACAUUUUUCUCAUUUAACGUUAAAAUACUAAAUUCUGCUAUUUUCGAGUCGCCGGAAUUGAAACGCGCUCAUCUUGUACGAGUUGGAUAGCACUAUUUUUACGUUCUCUGCCUCGUGACCAUUCCCUGAACGACGGGUGUCUUGCAAUACGUGCACCGUUCAAGGGUUUUACAAGAUCAAGAUAAUCCUCCUAUUCAGUUUAGACUAAAUGCGUUAAAUCACAUCUUUAAUUUGUCUUUUUAUUGCAAUAUCAUUAUCAUCCUGCACACGAACAAAAAUUAACCUACGUAUGUACAAGUACCUAUGUAUAUUGGAACAUUAUAAUUUCUUAUUAUAUGAUAUUGUACAAUUUUUAACAUCCUGAAUCCGAGGAGAAAUGCACAUAUGUAUAUUAGAACUAUGUUCACUUUUAUACACUAUGCAACACUAUUGUUCUUUUUAUUUUAAACAAUUUUAUAUAUUGCGCAUACUAAGAGAUAUCUUGGAUGUGCAAAUAAACAUAUUUAAUUAUAUUUUUAACC